AUGGACUUCGAUCAAAGUCAAGAGACAAGAAACUUCUCUCGACCCUCAGAGCAUCUUGUGAACCAAUCUCUCUCCCUUGCCAUGGACUACACCUGGGACAAGAUGCAAUUCGAUGAGCACUGGAGAGAUGAGGCUCUUUGCAACGUUACCACAACCGCAGAACACGUCUUUCUUUUCCAAUGCCUUGGAAGAACUCCCAUCCCGGAUGCGGAGCUCUACAAGCGCUACAUACUGUCAGAGCAAAAGGAAGAUGGUUCUUGGCCUAUUGCUGCGAAGUGCCAUGGAGACAUCUCAGCAAGCUGCGAGGCCUACCUUGCCCUCAAAAUACUAGGCAUGAGCGCGUCGUGCCAAGAAAUGACAAAGGCGCGCCAGUUUAUACUCAAGGCUGGGGGUGUUGCCAAAGCCAGGAUACUCACCCGGAUCUCUUUUGCACGGUUUGGUCUCUUUCAUUGGGACGCUGUCCCUCACCUGCCUGCUGAGUUGAUACUGCUCCCGCCAUCUUUGAAGUUCAAUGUCCAUCGGCUAUCGCCCUGGGCACGUUCUACAUUAAUUCCGCUCUUCGUCAUCACUCACCAUCGACCUACUUACGCACUUCCUAACGGGAGGUCGGUCACCAAUAAUUUUAUUGAUGAGUUGUGGGUUGAUCCAACAAAGAAGAUGACUUCUCAUUCAUCACUUUCCACGCCCCGUCAAAUCGAUCCUACUGAGCUCCUUUUCUCAGGACUAGAUACAGCUCUAUCCUAUCUGGGAGGGCUGAGGCGCCUUCCUCUUCGAAAGAAAGCCCUAAGAUACUGCAUUCAGUGGAUUCUCAACAACCUGGAGCCAUCUGGUGACUGUCCGGAGAUCUCUCCCCCAAUGCACAACAACAUCCUAGCAUUAAUAUUGGAAGGAUUUUCGCAAAGCGAUGCUGUGAUAGAGAUAGGCAUGAAGGCUAUCGAGAAAUUCACAUUACAGAACGAAACUGGCAAACGGCUGCAGUCUUGUGAGUCACCGGUCUGGGACACUGCGCUCAUGAUCCGUGCUAUCUGCGACUCAGGGUGGGAUAAGCACGAUCCCCGUCUUGAGAAGUCGAUAGAUUGGAUUAGCAAGCGGCAGAUACCUAACAUACGUGGAGGCUGCUCAGGCUUCCGUCCGCAAAAAGUCUUACGAGACUUGUCUUUCCAGCACCGCAACAGUCUCACGCCUAGUGUUGACGAUACUGUGGCGGUUCUCCUCUCAAUGUUGCAUCAGAACUCUUCAAAUAUCGAGUCAGACACGGUAGCGAGAGUCGCAAUGUUGAUUUGCAGGAUGCAAAAUUUUGAUGGCGGUUGGAGGGCAAUUAGUACUGACAACUACAAACAGUGGCUUGACAAGUCUCCGCUGAAAUCUUUACGCCAUAGCUCGACGGCUGAUCUCACAGGCUAUGUUCUUGAGGCGUUCGGCAUGGUUCUCAACAUAGCCUCACAGAAGAGCUAUGAAGACCUGAGCUCUCGGCUGGCCCAGACAAAAGUACUUGGCGCGAUCGCAACUGCAUCACAGAGGGCUGUACGUUAUUUGGCUCAGGAGCAGCAAGGAUUUGGCGGGUGGUAUGGCCGCCGGGGUGCGAGUUAUCUCUAUGGUACCAGUGCCGCAAUCUCCGGCUUGGCUUGGUUUGUUGAUGGUGAUAACUGGGUGAAGGACAUGAUAACAUCCGCUGUCUCAUGGGUCAAAGAAGUCCAGAACUUGGAUGGGGGGUGGGGAGAGUGUUUUGAAUCAUGCAAUGAUCAACAGAUGGCUGGAAGGGGCCCAUCCACACCAUCUCACACAGCAUGGGCUAUUAUGUGCCUUCUGGAAGAACUGGAUCCGGAUGAUGCCUCGAUAAGAGCUGGGAUAAACUACCUCUUGGCUGAGCAGCAAGAUGCCUCUUUGAAGAGGGAAGGGGCAUCCUGGGAGGAAGUCUACUACACAAGCACGGAUUCCCCGGGGUCUCAAAGCCUCCGAUCCCAGCUUUCCAGUCAUUACUUUCCUAUCAUGGCUCUUGGGCGAUAUAGAAAAGCAGUGCAUUGUACCUAUUCUGAUUAG